AUGGCGGAGUGCGGGCGGAAGGCGCUGUCUCUCCUGGAAGCGGCCCGCUCCCGGUACGAGAGCCUGCAGAUAUCCGACGACGUGUUCGGCGAGUCCGGGGAUGACAGCAGCGACAAUCCCUUCUACAGCACCUCCGGAGACUCCGACUCGGACAACUACAUAGCCGAGGUAGGCGAGGAGGAGCAGCAGCAGCAUCAGCAUCAGCACCACCACCACCACCAGAAACGGGCUGAGAAGGAGAGCGGGCACAGCGGGGGAGCAGGUGGUGGCACCGGCGGGGGCAGCGGCGCGGCCGGUCCCCCGGGCUCCCUGUCCCGGAGCCAGGCAGAGGAGGAGGGCUGGACGGAGACUCUGCAGGAUGUCACGGUGCCGCCGUACAAAGAGACAUAUGGCCCCGCUCAGAAGAUGCCGGCCACUGCCACAGCCUUGGACUUCUUCCAGCUCUUCGUCCCGGACAACUGCAUCCAAAACAUGGUCACCCAGACCAACAUGUACGCCAAGAAAUUUCAGGAGCGCUUCGGCUCGGACGAGGGCUGGCGUCCCGUCACCGCCCAGGAGAUGAAGGCGUUCCUGGGCUUCGUCACCUCCACCAGCGUGCACCGCUGCGAGUCGGUGCUCAGCAUCUGGAGCUCGGGCUUCUUCAGCAACCGGAGCAUCGCCCUGAAGAUGAGCCAGGCGCGUUUCGAGAAGAUCCUCAAGUACUUCCACAUCGUGGCUUUCCGGCCGUCGCAGGGGAGCAACCAGGGCCUCUACAAGAUCCAGCCCUUCCUGGACUCGCUGCAGCAGUCGUUCAGCUGCACCUUCAGACCCUCGCAGACACAGGUUCUUCACGAGCCCUUGAUAGACGAGGACCCGGUGUUCAUCACCACCUGCACGGAAAGAGAGCUGAGGAAGAGGAAGAAGAGGAAGUUCAGCCUCUGGGUUCGACAGUGCACCUCCACUGGAUUCAUCUGUCAGAUCUCGGUCCACCUAAAGGAUUGCCAGGGUACGGAUGGUUUGGCCACCUUGAAGAACAAACCUCAGCUCCACAGCCUCGUGGCCAAGCAGCUGUGCCAGAACAUCUCCGGCAGGAACACCAUCAUCUUCACCGGGCCGUCCAUCACGAGCCUCAGCCUCUUCUCUGAAUUCAGCAAACAAG